CCGACCGACCGACGAGCAAAGUCAGCGAGCAACACUCGGCUCGUUAUAUACACUCACACGCUGAAAAAAGCCACCGCUCGCAGGCUUAUCGCAACUUGCGCCUGUGACUGUGUGCAACCGUUUCAUUCAUCGACGUUUAUGUACUUUUUUGUGUAUCGCUGCGACUCAGUACUUACGGGAACGUCGUCGACGAUAAUUAUGUCGAUGAUCGUCAAUACGACUUGAACCGAACCGAAGACUGUAACGCGACGAGUAUAGGCGCAUUUGACAAGCCGUGAAAAUUCGCCUUGACUGCAGUGCACGCUAAAAAUUCCACAGUCCAACGAGAUAUUGCUGGCAAAAUGUCGGGCUUCGACGAGAACCCUUUCGGCGAGCCCAACGUCAAUGAUCCUUUUGCGGAUCCAGCUGUAAGAAAAGCUGCUAGUUCUAUACCAAAAAGUCAAGGAAUAGAAGAUUAUAACCCAUUUGCAGACCAACCAAGUGGAACUAAUACACAAGUCCGAGGAGCUUCUAAUCCUCCUCUAUAUGGAGGCACUGCAACCACAACUCAACAACCUGCAAUGUUACAAACAUCGAGUCAAGAGGCUCCUCCACCCAAUUAUGCUAGAACACCUCAACAGAAUAUCCCUCCGUCCAAUAGUGGAGCAUUCUCACCGACAAGUCAACCACCAAAUGAACAAUGGAGAAGAAGUGAAGAUAUGAAUAGCACACCUUAUUAUCCAAGGAGAAAUAACUGGCCACCAUUACCUGAAAAAUGUUGUGUACAGCCUUGUUUCUACCAAGACAUUGAUGUAGAAAUCCAAACUGAUUUUCAAAAAAUUGUCAGACAACUAUAUUAUUUAUGGAUUUUCCAUGGACUCGUACUAAUAUUAAAUGUCAUUGGAGGAUUUGCUUACAUGAUAGUUGAUGGCAAUGCAGGAAUAUUUGGUUUGGGAAUUCUUUAUGUAAUUCUAUUUACGCCGUUUUCAUUUAUUUGCUGGUUCAGACCAGCUUACCAGGCUUUUAAGAGUGAUAGUUCCUUUAACUUUAUGGUAUUCUUCUUUGUAUUCUUUUUCCAAGCUGUGGUAACAGUAAUUCAAAGUAUUGGUAUCCCAGGAUCUGGAACAUGCGGUUUAAUUCUAGCUAUAAAUACUUUUUCGUCUCAAGCUAAAGAUGUAUUUUUGGGAGUUCUUUUGCUGCUUAUUGCCUUUGCUUUUGUCACUGCAGCUGUCGGAGAUAUCAUUCUUAUUUCAAAGAUACAUCGUAUCUAUCGUAAUACUGGAGCAAGUAUGACAAAGGCUCAAGAAGAAUUUACUUCAACUUUUAUGCGCAAUGAACAUGUUAGAGAUGCCGCUUCUAAUGUUGCUGCGAGUGCUGUUCGCGCUCAAGUAAACAAUAUGACACAACCCCGUUAUUAAUUUCGUUAUGCCGUCAAUAAUUAAGUUUGCGGAAAGAAAUAUUUCAGUGUUUAAUCAGUUUUAUCCUGAACUAGAGCACAAGUCACUUAGGAAAUAUUAGUGACUCUGACAGUCGACGUCACAUAUAUUUUUCCCAACAAACACCGUUGAUUCCCUAUUCUUAUUGUUAUAGUUUAUUGGCAAAAUUAAUGAAUGCAUAUUUUCAUUCAAUGAUAAACACAUUCAAUAGUUUAAAGUAAUCUACUAAUUAUUUUAUGUUGUACAUAUAUUUUUUGAAAAACAAAAACAUUAUGCUAAUAACUGAUCAAUUAACUAAUUGAUGAUAAGGUAAUAAGAGUAUAAACAAUUGUACAUUUUACAAUACUAUAAUGAGAAGAAUAAGAAUUACAAGAACCAAUUAUUAUGAAAAUUAAUUAUAAUUAAAAUAACAUUUUUAAUUCUAAUGGUAUGGAAGUUGAUGUU